AGCGCGCACCGGAGCACGUCGUCCUUUCUUCCUUUUUCGGGAAUAUUCUUCUUUAUAGACAUGGUGGCUCUUUUUUUUUUUUUUAACGCCGGAUGCAGGAUUAUGUUAAAAUAGUCACCUUGUUAAAAGGAUGCCGUGUGUUUCCCUAUAAACAUUACGUGGGUCCGCAUUGCGCACGAGCCAUAUUUUGGAUUUACGCACAUUUCCUUUUUUUUUUUUUUUUUUUUCUGUCUUUUUUUUUUUUUUUUUUUUUUUAUAAUUAUGAUCCGUGCUGGUAAAUAAUUCGUGUAUUCCACAAGUUCUGGAUCCCCCGAUGAGAGAUCCCACCGGCGGUUUAAGGUUUUUACGCAGCGAGUCCCCGGAGCGUGACGCCCGCGGCGGUGUCCCCGGUCCCCGCCGAACCGGAGCGCAGAGUCCGAGUCCCGAGUCUCGUUCCUUAGACCCGCCGCGACAGGACAAAAGGCUCCCCGUCAGGAUUGUCAAGAUGUUGACGGCGCACAGCGGCCAUUUGCUCCACCCGGAGUACCUUCAACCUCUCCAGUCCGCUCCGGUCAGCAUCGAGCUGGAUGCCAAGAAGAGUCCUUUAGCUCUGCUGGCUCAGACCUGCUCUCAAAUUGGCAAACCGGAGCCUCCCUCCUCUUCUAAGCUGGCCUCCCUGUCCUCAGGCAGUUUGGCAGACAAGGACUCUUCAAGCCGGUCCUCCAAGCCCGGAGAGCAGCACCAGUCCUCCGAGGACAAAUCCAGCUUCAAACCUUACUCCAAGUCGUCGGGCGACGGCCGUAAAGAGGUUCAAGGCUCGAAGGGGCCUUCAGAAAAACCCUUCAGAGCGGCCAAUGGGAGCUUAAAUAAUGGCAGCGCCUCUUGUUUGUCUUUUCCUCCCCAUUCCAAAUCACCGAGCUCCCCUGCGCCGCACGCACAGAACCAGCCCCACAGACAAAGCCAUUCCCCUUCCACGCAGCCGCUGCCACACUCUCAGGACAGCAAACCGGCCGGUUUAGAGCAAGCCUGUUCAGACGUUAAUGGCGCCGAUAAAAAAGACUUGGAUGCGGCUAAGUCGGGCAUGGAUGGCGCUCAUUUGGCCAACUCCAGCCACAUGCGUGCCAGCGCCAAUUCCAGUAACGCCAGCUCCGCCUGCAGUCCGCGGCCUGAGAGCAAGGCCGACCCGCAGGCCUCGUCUCAGGCUAACCUGGUCUCCUCGCACAUUGCCCCAGUCUCCCCUUUCAAACAAGGACAUUCCGUCUUCCCGUUGCCUCCGGCGUCAAUGGGCUACCACGGUUCUAUCGUGGGAGCCUACGCAGGUUACCCCUCGCAGUUUGUCCCUGCUUUGGAUCAUACCAAGACUAGUUUGGGGUUAGGACUUUCAAGUAAACACCCCAGCUCUAGUCCGCCAUCGUUGAUGCAGGGCUUGUGUCGGGACCCUUACUGUCUGACGUACCCCAACGCACAUCACUUGGGAGGAAGUAACUGUUCCACCUGCGUCCAUGACCCCUCCAGCCUUAAGUCGGGUUACCCCCUUGUCUACCCAUCACACCACUUGCACUCUUUGCACUCCAACACAUUUUCUUCCAGCACCACCCCUUCCCUCUCACACCCCCUCUACACAUAUGGUUUCAUGGUCUCCAAUGACUCCCUACCCCACGCAUGUAACUGGGUGUCUGUGGGAGGCCCUUGCGACAAGAGGUUCUCCACGUCCGAGGAGCUGCUGGCCCACUUGCGUACCCACACAGCUCUGCCAGGAAUGGUGGACAGCAAGCUCUUGUCAGCCUAUCCUUCUUCCAUUUCAUCCACAGCCUCUUGCCAUCUCCAUCUCCCACCACCCAGCAGCCCGGGCUCCCUGCCCAGCUCCUUCGCCCUCAGAGGAUCCCCUGGUUUAGGCCUGGCUCGCUAUCACCCCUACAGCAAAUCCCACCUACCUGGAGCCCCCGGACUUCCCAUGCCAUCCCUACCCUCCUCAUCAGCUUACUACUCCCCCUACGCGCUCUACAGCCAGAGACUGGGCUCAGCUUCAGCCCUUGGAUACCAGUGAUGUCAUAAAUAACGUCCGCAGACUGCGGGCUCCGGCUUGAACUUUCCAGAGCCACCCCCGGAAGAUAGAUUCUAGAGAGCGGUUUCGUUUGCAAUACCACCUGUUAUAUAGCCUCAAAACCGGGACUAGAGCUCCAAAGGCACAAGUGAUGGAUUUUAAUACCACACAGAGUCAGAAUAGAUUUAAAGAUAUUAACCAUACCAAUAAGCAGAGCUUGAACAUAAAUGUGUCACCAAGAGUGAGGGAAGAGUGGACCGCGAGAUCGACAGGCGGAUCGAUGCGGCGUCUUCAGUAAUGCGGCUGCUGUAUCGAUCCGUUGUAGUGAGGAAGGAGCUGAGCCGGAAGGCAAAGCUCUCAAUUUACCGGUCGAUCUACAUUCCCAUCCUCAUGUAAGGUCAUGAGCUUUGGGUUUUGACCGAAAGGACAAGAUCACAGGAAUGAGUUUCCUCCACAGGGUGGUGGGUCUCUCCCUUAGAGAUAGGGUGAGAAGCUCUGCCAUCCGGGGGGAGCUCAAAGUAAAGCCCCUGCUCCUCCACAUGGAGAGGAGCUAGAUUAAGUGGUUCGGGCAUCUGGUCAGGAUGCCACCCGAACGCCUCCCUAGGGAGGUGUUUAGGGCAUGUCCAACCGGUAGAAGGCCACGGGGAAGACCCAGGACACGUUGGGAAGACUAUGUCUCCCAGCUGGCCUGGGAACGCCUCGGGAUCCCCCGGGAAGAGCUGGACGAAGUGGCUGGGGAGAUGGAAGUUGGGGCUUCAUUGCUUAGGCUGCUGCCCCCGUGACCCGACCUCGGAUAAGCGGAAAAAGAUGGAUGGAUGAAUGGGUGUCACCCAGAACUGAAAGUCUGUAUUUAUUUUUCACACAAAUGCUUGCAAUUCCACUCUAGGGUGGAUUUUUACCGUCCAAAUACAUUUAAAACAAAACAAAAAAAUAUUACCAUAAUGCCUACAGUAUGUCACACUCUAAAAAAUAAAUGCAACGUAAUGCUUUAUCCUGGGGGCAUCUUUUUUUUUUUUUUUCAACUUUUUUUUUUAAGGCUUUGGAGAAGUGCAUGACUCGAACAUGGCUGUUAUUUUUAUUUGUAAAUAUGCAAAGAUGUAAUAUUUUUUCAAGCCUAUGCCGGGGAAAUAGUUCGGGUUGAAAUAUAAAGUCGACAGGUGAAAAACUGUCGAUGACGGCUGUACUAUCCAAACCAACGGGGCAAAGUCUUAUUUUAUUAAAUAAAUGAUGAUUGCAUUGAA